AUGAAUGGAUCCUCGACUGUCGAAAAGGGCCCGCCAUUUCGAGAUGGAUAUCCCAGCCUUGCGGCCUGGAUUGCGCGCGACCCAGACAGCGAAUCCUAUGUAUUUCGUAAGUUCGACAGGCUCAGUGCUCGGAACCUCUUGAAUUUGCAGAGCCAUCUCAUCGAACUUGAGCGUCGAAUCGAAGACUGGGACGAUGAUGCCCGGCGCAGCCAAAACUUCGACGUCCGACAAUCUCUGCGACGAUGGGAAACCUUCGAGGAACUCGCGAAAGACGCGCAACGGCCAGAACAUGCGCGCAUACAGGAGAAAAUGAAGCUGGAAGCAGAACUGAGAGAAAAGAUUCGCGAAUACCACGAAGCACUCGUCCUCCAAUCCCAGAUCAGCAACCUCGACCGCCCUAGCAGCCGCGUUCUCUCCACCUUCCGCUCCUUCUUCUCCAAGCCCUCCACAAUCGUUAGCGGAAAAGCUAAGCACAUGCUUGACGACGCAGAAGAUCUGGUAGCCCUCCGUCCGCCAGCCGACACCGACCCACUCUCCCGAUUUCUGCGCGACUACUGGCCCUUCCGCGGUACAGUGUAUCCCGAUCCGCGUGACAACACACAGCACUUCCUUGAGUCGCAUGUUAAGUGGGUGGUGCUGGUUAUCUCGAUCGUGGUCGCUGCGAUCCUCCUCAUUGGGGCGAUAACGAGUUUAUAUUUUGUGCGAAGGCCUGGCUCGAAGCGGCAGGAGGUUUUUGCGGCGAGUGCUGCGUAUGCCGCGGUGUUGGUGGUGUUUGUGAGCAGAGAUAUUGAUAAGGAUGGGAAUGGGUGA